AUAUAGGUGAUGGGGGGAUGAAGGCAGCAAACAACCUUGCCAUAUAUGAAUGUUAUUAGUUCUUAUAUGCUCAUUUCAGUAUUAAUUUUUCAAACUUUUCCCCAGUCUUUGGAGCCUAAGCAUUUAAGGUCAACUUAUUAUCUGUCCUCAAAAGAGUCAACGAUGUUAUCUUUGACUACAUUUUGUAAUCUGUACAGUACAUAUGGAAGGGUCAAAGUUUCUAAUAUGACAAAUCCGGGUAAAGUCUAAACAGCAUUUAUGGCAAGCUGUCUUUACUAAAAUCAGCUCAUCGCAGCUAUGGCUUGGACUAGAUCCACUUGCUUUCUCUCUUUUACCUUGUUUUUUGCCCACAUAGCAGCUGUAUCGGUAAGUAGAGUCCUGUUUUUUGGAUAUUUAGAAAUAUUAAUUCUAGUAUACAUUACCCAUUUUCUGUAUAUUUAUUUUUUGCAGAUUAAUUAUCUUCCUAAAGAAAAUGUACACGAUGCAGAUUUUGGUGAACAGAAGGACAUUUCAGAAAUCAAUUUAGCUGCAGGCUUGGACCUCUUUCAAGGGGACAUCCUCUUGCAGAACUCCAGAAAUGGCCUGAGAGACCAAAACAGCAGGUGGACGUUCCCCAUUCCUUACAUUUUGGCUGAUAAUUUGGGGCUGAAUGCUAAAGGAGCCAUUCUGUAUGCCUUUGAAAUGUUCCGCCUUAAGUCCUGUGUGGAUUUCAAGCCCUAUGAAGGAGAGAGCUCAUACAUCAUAUUUCAACAGUUCGAUGGGUGCUGGUCUGAAGUUGGUGACCAACACGUGGGACAGAAUCUUUCCAUUGGCCAGGGAUGUGAUUAUAAGGCCAUCAUAGAACACGAGAUCCUGCAUGCUUUGGGAUUUUACCACGAGCAGUCAAGGACUGACCGCGAUGAUUAUGUGAACAUCUGGUGGGACGAAAUUCUUCCAGGUUACCAGCACAACUUUAACACCUAUAAUGACAGCUUCAUAACAGACCUCAAUACACCCUAUGAUUAUGAGUCUCUGAUGCACUACGCGCCUUUCUCAUUUAACAAGAAUGCAAGUGUUCCCACCAUCACAGCCAAGAUCCCUGAGUUUAACUCCAUUAUUGGACAGCGACUGGAUUUCAGUGACAUUGAUUUAGAGAGGCUGAACCGAAUGUACAAUUGCACCACAACUCACACUCUUUUGGACCACUGUACUUUUGAGAAGGCAAACAUCUGUGGGAUGAUUCAGGGCACCAGAGAUGACACUGACUGGGUCCAUAAGGACAGUGCUCAGGCUGGAGAAGUGGAUCACACCGUGGUGGGACAAUGCACAGGUGCCGGCUACUUCAUGCAGUUCAGCACCAGCUCGGGGUCAGCAGAAGAGGCAGCCCUACUGGAGUCUCGGAUUCUUUACCCAAAGAGGAAGCAGCAAUGUCUGCAAUUUUUCUAUAAAAUGACAGGAAGCCCUUCAGACAGACUCAUUGUCUGGGUCAGAAGGGAUGACAGCACAGGCAACGUUCGCAAGCUGGUCAAGGUGCAGACUUUUCAAGGAGAUGAUGACCAUAAUUGGAAAAUUGCCCAUGUGGUGCUCAAAGAAGAACGGAAGUUUCGCUACCUUUUCCAGGGCACAAAAGGCGACCCUCAGAACUCAACUGGGGGAAUUUACCUGGAUGACAUCACUCUGACUGAAACCCCCUGCCCCACAGGGGUCUGGACAGUCCGGAAUUUCUCCCAAGUUCUUGAGAACACCAGCCUAGGAGACAACCUGCAGAGCCCUCGAUUCUACAAUUCAGAGGGAUAUGGUUUUGGGUUAACUUUAUACCCCCAUGGCAGAGCAAGCUCUGACAGCUCUGGCUACUUGGGGCUUUCUUUUCACCUGUGCAGUGGGGAGAAUGAUGCUAUCCUGGAGUGGCCGGUAGAAAACAGACAGGUGAUAAUGACCAUCCUCGACCAGGAGCCCGACGUCAGGAAUAGGAUGUCCUCAAGCAUGGUGUUCACUACCUCCAAGCUGCACACAUCUCCAGCGAUAAAUGACACUGUCAUCUGGGACAGGCCGUCCAAGGUGGGAACCUAUCAUACCGACUGUAAUUGCUUUAGAAGCAUCCCCUGGGGCUGGAGUGGUUUCAUCUCACACCAAAUGCUAAAAAGGAGGAGUUUCCUGAAAAAUGAUGACCUCAUCAUGUUUGUGGACUUUGAAGAUAUCACCCACCUCGAGCAGACUGAAGUUCCCAUUAAAGGCAAAAGGCUGAGCCCCCAAGGCCUCAUUCUCCAAGGCCAGGAACAGCAGUUCUCCAAAGAAGGUUCGGGAAAGGCCGUGAUAGAAGAAGCCCUACCUGUCAGCCUGAGCCAGGGGCAGCCCAGCCGACAGAAGCGGUCUGUGGAAAACAUGGGCCCCCUGGAGGACCACGACUGGCCACAGUACUUCAGAGACCCAUGUGAUCCAAACCCUUGCCAAAAUGACGGCAUCUGUGUGAAUGAGAAGGGGAUGGCGAGCUGCAGGUGCAUCUCUGGACACGCUUUCUUCUACACGGGGGAACACUGUCAGGCCAUGAAGGUGCACAGCAGCAUCCUGGGCCUGGCAAUUGGAGGCACGGCUGGUGUGAUCUUCUUGAUCUUCUCCAUCAUCACCAUCCUUUCCCAAAGGACAAGGAAGUGACCUGCCUGCUGGCAUUGGCCAGACUGCAGAAGUACCGCCUCCAUACAGGGCCUCCUUUCCCAUAGUCAGUGCAGUUCAAGGCAGCUUUUUUUAACAUCAGCCUUGCUUUGGUUAGGACCUCCAAGGACUAAGGCCCCCAGCCCCAUGUGUAACCCUUGUCAUGUUUAUGCCCCACAUAAUUCUGUUAUCCUGCUAUGUGCUCUUAAUGUAUCUAGUGUGUCCUGUGACAACACUCAUCACACUUCAUUGUAAAUCACUUGUUUGAUUGACUGUCUUUCCUAUAGACUGUAAGCUCCAUGUGGGCAGGCACAUGUCAUCUUCAUUGACCAUGCUAGCCCAAGUGCCUAGACACAUGGCUGGCACAUUGUGGGCACUCAACAAAGAUUUAAUGAGUAAAACAAUGAAAGAAUGAAUAAGAUAUAGAAAAUUUCAUUUCUAUUUCAGAUCAAAUAUGUAUAAUGAAAUUCAUAUGUUAGAAUCAAACACUCAUUUUUCAUUAGACACAGUAGUGUCAUUAUUCUUUUAAUAUCUUGUUAAAGAUUUCAAAUAAAGUUUCUUCUAGGCAGCCAUGCUUCACAGCAUUUGCUUUCCUCUGUGAUUCUAAGAGAAGGCCUUUAAUAAAUUUAAUAAAUACUGAGUUAGCACCUUC